UCCCGAGACGCCGGAAUGGGUAGCCGAGGGGCUGCUCCGCCCCCGGCCCCUCCCGCCCCCGCCUCCCGCCGGCUCGGCUUCGGGUUGACGCGGGGCUUAGCCCGGCAGGGCGGAGGGCGGCAAGUUAGCCCGCGGCUGGGUGGCGGCGGCAGGCCUGAGCGCGACUUAUUUACAAGCCCAGCUACUACUGAUGAAGAUGUGUUGGGGAGUGGCUGCUGAAAUUGACCUUUACUGACCCGAGACAGUUUUAUUUGUUUCACUUACUUGUUUAUCACCCUGCUUUGAGUUUUACUGCAACGGCUGAGAAACUUGAAAAAUAAAAUAACAUGCUGUGGUCUUGAACCUUCUUUCUGAGGAAAUACUGAAGUGCCAAAGUGGAAAGCCAGAAUGGCAGCCAGAGAGAGGCUCUUUGAACUUUGGAUGCUUUAUUGUACAAAGAAAGAUCCAGAUUACCUGAGACUAUGGUUGGACAAUUUUGUUUUAAGUUAUGAACAAUUUUUAGAUGUUGACUUUGAAAAGCUUCCUACCAGGGUAGAUGAUAUGCCUCCAGGAAUAUCUUUGCUUCCUGAUAAUAUUCUUCAGGUUCUGAGGAUCCAACUGCUACAUUGUGUUCAGAAAACAGCAGAUGGGUUAGAGGAACAGCAACAAGCAUUGUCAAUUUUGCUUGUCAAAUUCUUUAUUAUUCUUUGCAGGAAUUUAUCAAAUGUAGAAGAAAUUGGGACUUGCUCCUAUAUUAAUCUUGUUAUUACCAUGACAACACUGUAUAUUCAGCAAUUAAAAAGCAAAAAAAAGGAAAAGGAAAUGGCUGAUCAGACAUCUAUUGAAGAAUUUGUGAUCCAUGCAUUGGCAUUCUGUGAAAGUUUAUAUGAUCCUUAUAGAAAUUGGAGACAUAGAAUUUCAGGACGAAUCCUUAGCUCUGUGGAAAAGAGCAGACAGAAAUACAAGCCAGCUUCUCUCACAGUGGAGUUUGUUCCUUUCUUUUAUCAAUGUUUUCAGGAAAGUGAACAUCUCAAGGAAAGUCUUAAAUGUUGCUUAUUGCAUCUCUUUGGAGCCAUUGUAGCCGGUGGGCAGAGGAAUGCUUUGCAAGCAAUUUCUCCAGCCACCAUGGAAGUUCUCAUGCGAGUUUUGUCUGAUUGUGAUUCAUGGGAGGAAGGAGAUCCUGAGGAAGUGGGUAGGAAGAGAGAACUAACUCUGAAAUGCCUGACACAAGUGGUACAUAUCCUUCUUACUAGCAGUUCUGACCAGCGUCAGGUGGAAACCAGUACCGUACUGGAGAACUAUUUUAAAUUGCUCAAUUCAGAUCACUCAGCUUUACCCAAACAGAGGAAGUCCAUGCGGUGGGAAAGCCAGUUCAUAGUUCUGCAGAUUAAGAUGCUCAAUACCAUCACAGCCAUGUUAGACUGCGCAGACAGGCCUGUUCUUCAGGCCAUUUUCCUUAACAGUAAUUGCUUUGAACAUCUCAUACGACUUCUACAGAACUGCAAGCUAUUUUUAAAUGCUCACAGUAUGGUAGCAGACAAGAACGAGAAAGACCUUGCCAACCAAUUACUGACAGAGAUAAGUGAGGACCAGGUAUUUCAGGGGCGGUUAGAUUGUUUGGCUGUAUCAACAAUUCAAGCUUUGACAGCAGUGAUGAAGAAUUCUCCAGCUGCUAAGGAAGUAUUUAAAGAAAGAAUUGGAUAUAUGCACAUGUUUGAGGUAUUGAAAUCUUUGGGUCAGCCAUCACUAGAACUGCUUAAAGAACUUAUGAAUAUGGCUGUAGAAGGCGAUCAUACUUCAGUUGGUAUUUUGGGCAUUAGUAAUGUCCAUCCUCUCUUGGUUCUUAUCCAAUGGCUUCCGGAGCUAGAAUCACAUGACCUACAAAUAUUCAUCUCUGAUUGGCUGAGAAAAAUUUGUUGUAUUAAUAAGCAGAGCCGAACUAUGUGUGUGAAUGCAAACAUGGGAAUAAGAAUCAUUGAAACCCUUGAAUCCCAUUCUUCCCUACAUCGAACUUGUGCUGAGAACUUGAUAACAAUUCAUGGUUCAUUGGGGAGUCUGUCUGUGAGCUCAGAAGAAAUCCGUCGACUACUACGAUUGCUGAGAGUAGACGAAUCUGAGUUUAUUCACCCAUAUACCAUUCCUGUGACUCGUGCAAUUCUGACAAUGGCACGGAAACUCAAUCUUGAGAGUGCACUGCAGUAUUUUAAUUUGUCACAUAGCAUGGCAGGAAUUUCUGUACCUGCCAUUCAGAAAUGGCCUGGGUCUGCAUUUUCCUUCUCUGCUUGGUUUUGCUUAGAUCAGGAUCAAUUACCCCUUGACACUGCUAACAAAGGAGGAAAAAGAAAACAAUUAUAUAGUUUUUUUACAGGAAGUGGAAUGGGUUUUGAAGCUUUUAUUACUCAGUCAGGUAUGUUGGUUGUGGCAGUGUGCACAAAAAGAGAAUAUGCAACAGUUAUGCUUCCUGACCACAGUUUCUGUGACUCUCUCUGGCACAACAUAACCAUUGUUCACAUGCCUGGGAAAAGGCCCUUUGGUCAGAGCAUCGUCUAUAUCUAUGACAAUGGACAACAAAAGGUUUCUGCUCCUCUCAGAUUUCCUGCCAUGAAUGAGCCAUUUACUUCCUGUUGUAUUGGUUCAGCUGGGCAAAGAACCACUACUCCUCCACCAUCUCAAAUCCCAGAUCCACCGUAUUCUACUCCCAUAACCCCUCACCGGACAUCAUUUGGUGGAAUAUUGUCAUCAGCCUCCUGGGGUGGAACAAUUGAAAAAUCAAAAUUAAUUACGAAAUUAAUUUCAGCUGGAACUCAAGAUAGUGAAUGGGGUUGCCCCACAUCCUUGGAAGGGCAGCUAGGUUCUGUUAUUGUGUUCCAUGAAGCACUCCAGCCUUCACAGGUUAAGACCUUAUACUUAGCAGGUCCAAAUUGCUUAAGCCCUUGGAAGUGUCAAGACUAUGAUAUGACUGGCCUACCAAGUAACAUCCUCCUUCAGUACACAGCAAAGGCUUGCGAAAAUUCAAUUUGCCUUGACUUGUCUACUAAUUAUUUACAUGGAAGAUUAACAGGAAACAAAGUAGUGAAUUGGGACAUUAAAGACAUCAUCAAUUGUAUAGGUGGGUUAAAUGUACUUUUUCCUAUCCUGGAACAAAUAAGCCACUUUAUUGAAGGACAGACUUCUGAAGGAAUGAAUGAAAACACAGUUCCUGAAUUAAUAACACUUAGUGAACAGGAAUGUAUGGCAUUGUCCUCCACAAAGGCAUCAGAGUCAAGACUAGAGAAAAAUCUAGUUGCAACAUUUAUCUUGAUUGUGAAGCACUUUAUUCAGAGGCAUCCUAUCAACCAGGACAAUCUUAUUCAGUCCCAUGGGGUUGCAACUCUUGGUGCCUUACUUCAAAAGGUGCCAGGUACCCUAAUGGAUGUUAAUGUAUUGGUGGCAAUUCAAUUACUAAUUGAACAGGUGUCAUUAGAAAAAAACACAUUAUUGCUUCAACAAAUGUAUCAGUAUUUACUCUUUGACUUCUGCAUUUGGAACCGUGGAGAUUUCCCUUUUCGGAUUGGCCAUAUACAGUAUAUUUCAACUAUCAUUAAAGACAGCAGGAGAAUUUUUCGGAAGAAGUACGGUGUGCAGUUUCUCCUAGAUACACUCAGGAUUUAUUAUGGGCAUGGUUGUACAUGUAAUGAGCUUUCUCCAGAAGAUAUUCGAACAAUUAGGACUUCUUUGUAUGGGCUAGUUAAAUAUUUUCUUUGUAAAGGCGGAACUCAUGAAGAAAUACAAAGUAUCAUAGGUUACAUAGCUGCUACUAAUGAGGAAGAACAGCUUGUUGGAAUUUUGGAUAUACUCUUCAGUCUUCUACGAACCAGCCCAACUAGAGGUCAGCUUUUCUCACUGAUGUUUGAACCAGGAAAUGCUGAUAUACUGUAUGCUUUGCUACUAAAUCAGAAGUACUCUGACAAACUAAGAGAAAUCAUUUUUAAGGUUAUAGAGCAGAUGUUAAAAUGCACCAGUGUUUAUGAACGUAGUAAACAACGCAUCCGUCUCAGAGAAGUUGGCUAUUCAGGAAUUGGACUCCUCCUUAAUGAAGUUCCAGUUAAUGUGUCUCUCAUUAAAAAUCUUGUCAAUCAAAUCAUUAAUGCAGAUCCUGUUAUCAAUUUCAAAGAUCUGUUAUCUGUAGUAUAUAUCUCUCACAGAACACACGUAAAUGUCAGAAUGGUCCUCUGUAGAAAGAUAUUACAGAUUUUGCAGUCCCAGCCAGAAGCAGCAUACCAGAUAGCACAACAAGUGGGUUGGCAAGAUACCUUUGUUAGACUUCUCUUAAAAGCAAACUUUGAAAAUGUAAAUUCUCUUCAUAAACAUGGAAAGACUGUUUCAGUGAAAGAAAAUAAAAAUAUGUCCACUGAAAAGCUAGAUGAUGAAAAAAUGACAUUACCUGAUGUAUCUUCAGAUCAUUGGAGUUUGGAAGAUAGUCAGUCCCUGAACUCAAACACACCAUUAUUUCAAGAAGUAAACUCUGAAGUAGAAUUAUCUUUCAAGUCAGAAAAUGAAGAAUUCUGGCAUAGUAACACUUCGCAUCUGAGUUUAGAUCUCAGUGGAACUGACUCAUGUGAACUGAGUGAGUGUGGAAGUCAAAUGCCAGACAGUUCACCUAGCACACCAUCCCCAGUGGAGUCUACUAAGUCGUUUUCUGUGCCAUCUGACAGAGAAAGGAGUAUCACAAAUGAAAUGGACUUUAGUGAUGACUUCGCUUUCCUUGAAAGCAAAGAGGAAUGUGAAGAGGAGCUUCUUCAGUUGGUUACAAAUAUUUUGAAUUAUAUCAUGUGUAAAGGACUAGAAAAGUCCGAUGAAGACACUUGGGUUGAAAGAGGACAAGUGUUUUCAGCAUUAACUAAACCAGGAAUAUCAAGUGAACUACUUCGACCGUCAGAUGAAGUAAAACUAAUUUUGCUACAGAAGAUGUUAGAAUGGACAGUCACAGAACACAGAGAUGCAAAAAGUAGUCCUGUAACUGCUGAAAAUGCCUUCCGACUCAUGCUGAUCACACAGGACUUCCUGCAGUCAGAAGGACUGGUUAAUUCAAACAUGUGGACUGAGAAGCUUUUAGAAGAUACCACACAGCUCCUUGAUUAUCUGUCAGCGUGGUAUUCUGAGAAUCCAGGAUGGGUAAAACUCUCUCAGAUACAGAUCCAGUUGCUUCUGGAGUUCAUUGGAAGAGGCAGUUUGCAGGUUUGUGCAAUAGCAUCAGCUAAGCUAAAUGCCCUUCUUCAGACUAAAGUGAUUGAAAGUCAAAAUGAAGCAUGCUACAUUUUAGGGAAACUAGAACAUAUUCUAAGUCGGUCAAUCAAGGAACAGACAGAAAUCUAUUCAUUUCUGAUUCCUCUUUUCCGUACUCUGGUUUCUAAAAUUUAUGAGCUUCUUUUCAUGAACUUGCACCUGCCUUCUUUGCCUUUUACUGAUGGAAGUACUUCAUUUUUUGAAGAUUUUCAAGAAUACUGCAAUUCAGAUGAAUGGCAAGUUUACAUUGAAAAAUACAUUAUACCUUACAUGAAGCAGUAUGAAACACAUACAUUUUAUGAUGGUCAUGAGAACAUGGCACUUUACUGGAAGAAUUGCUAUGAAGCCUUAAUGGUGAAUAUGCAUAAAAGAGACCGAGAGGGAGGAGAAAGUAAAUUGAAAUUUCAGGAGUAUUUUGUGGAGCCAUUCAAUCGAAAAGCACGCCAAGAGAACUUGAGGUACAAUAAUAUGAUUAAACAACUUAGCAGUCAACAGUUGGCCACUUUUAGAUGGUGGAAGGCAAUUAGACUCUAUCUUACAUGUGAAAGGGGGCCUUGGGCUAAAAGGAAACAGAAUCGAAUUCAUUGGAAACUGGCUAAUGUAGAAAAUUAUUCCCGCAUGAGACUUAAACUGGUACCUAAUUAUAAUUUCAAUAACCAUGAGGAUGCUAGUGCCUUAAGAGAUAAUUUAGGUGUCCAACACUUGCAGCCUUCUAGUGACUCUUUGCUUUUGGAAGUAGUGAAACAAGUUAAACUCAGUGACAUGGAGGAAGAUGGACUAGAACUUCUGGAAGAGGACGUGGCAGCCAGAGUAAAUGUUGAUGAGAAGGAAGAACAGGAUCAAAAGGAAAAAUUGGUGUUGACUGAAGACUGUGAACUCAUUACAGUAAUCAACAUAAUUCCUGGCAGACUAGAAAUCACUACUCAACACAUUUACUUCCAUGAUAACAGUAUUGAAAAAGAAGAUGGAAUAGGCUUUGAUUUUAAGUGGCCUCAUUCUCAAAUUCGAGAGAUUCACUUACGUCGUUACAACUUAAGAAGAUCAGCACUUGAGAUAUUUCAUAUUGAUCAAUCUAACUACUUUCUCAAUUUCAAAAAAGAGGUUAGAAACAAAGUAUAUAGCAGCCUGUUGUCAUUUCAUUCUCCUAAUAGUUAUGGAGCAAGAUCACCACAAGAAUUGUUCAAAGCAUCAGGAUUGACACAGAAAUGGGUGAAUCGAGAGAUAACAAACUUUGACUACCUCAUUCAAAUAAACACAAUGGCAGGACGAACCUAUAAUGACCUUGCACAGUACCCUGUAUUUCCCUGGAUUUUGCAAGAUUAUACUUCAGAAGAGUUGGACCUUAAUAACCCCACUGUAUUUCGAGAUCUUUCUAAACCAAUUGGAGUAGUUAAUGAAAAAAAUGUGAAAGCUAUGCAAGAAAAGUAUGAAACUUUUGAGGAUCCAAUGGGAACGAUUGAUAAGUUUCAUUAUGGUACUCACUAUUCAAAUUCUGCAGGUGUCAUGCACUAUCUUAUCCGUGUAGAACCGUUUACUACCCUCCACAUCCAGCUUCAGAGUGGAAGAUUUGACUGUGCAGACCGGCAGUUCCAUUCCAUCCCUGCUACCUGGCAAGCUCUUAUGGAUAAUACAUAUGAUGUAAAAGAACUUAUUCCUGAAUUCUUCUAUUUCCCCGAGUUUUUAGAAAAUCAAAAUGAAUUUAAUCUGGGUCACCUACAAGUUUCUCAAGAAUUGGUAAAUGAUGUCAUUCUUCCAAGAUGGGCUAAGUCAGCUGAAGAUUUUAUUUAUAAACACAGAAAAGCUCUGGAGUCUGAAUAUGUUUCUGCUCAUCUUCAUGAAUGGAUAGACCUGAUUUUUGGCUACAAACAAAGAGGACCAGCUGCAGUAGAAGCGCUCAAUGUCUUCUAUUACUGUAGUUAUGAAGGUGCUGUAGAUCUUGAUGCCUUAACAGAUGAAAAGGAAAGAAAAGCCUUAGAAGGGAUGAUUAACAAUUUUGGACAAACACCUUGUCAGCUGUUAAAGGAACCACACCCUCCAAGAUUAUCAGCAGAAGAAGCUAUACAAAAGCAAACCAAAACAGAAAUCUCAACCCUCAACCUCUUUCAGCAUCUCCCUGAAUUGAAGUCAUUUUUUAUAGAGGGAAUUAGUGAUGGUAUUCCUCUAUUAAAGGCCAUCAUCCCCCAAAAUCAAUCUCGUUCUUUUAUGUCUCAAGGCAGCCCUGAGUUACUGAUAACAGUAAGCGUUAAUUAUAUUAUUGGAACCCAUGGAUGGCUACCUUAUGACAGAAAUAUUUCUAACUACUUCACAUUCAUCAAGGAUCAAACUGUGACUAACCCAAAAGCUCAGCGAACUGUGAAUGGUCCUUUUGCUCCAGGGCUGGAAGUUACUUCCAAGCUGUUUGUAGUGUCACAUGAUGCAAAGUUGCUCUUCAGUGCUGGACACUGGGAUAAUAGUAUCCAAGUAACAUCACUUACCAAAGGCAAAAUUGUCUCACAUAACAUCCGACAUAUAGAUAUUGUGACUUGCUUAGCUACAGAUUACUGUGGAAUACACUUGAUUUCUGGUUCCAAGGACACUACAUGUAUGAUAUGGCAGAUAACACAACAGGGAGGCACUGCUGUGGGCUUAGCAUCUAAACCUUUUCAGAUUCUUUAUGGACACACUGAUGAGAUAUUGAGUGUGGGCAUCAGCACUGAACUUGACAUGGCAGUAUCAGGGUCAAGGGAUGGUACUGUGAUUAUACAUACCAUUCAGAAAGGUCAAUACAUGAGGACUUUACGGCCACCUUGUGAGAGUUCCCUGUUCCUGACCAUUCCCAGUUUGGCUCUCUCUUGGGAAGGACACAUUGUCAUCUAUUCCAGCUUGGAGGAGAAGCCCACUCUCAAGGAUAAGAACAUGUUACAUGUGUUUUCUGUAAAUGGAAAAUAUCUGGGGUCUCAAGUCCUGAAUGAGCAAAUAUCAGACAUGUGCAUAAUUGGGGAGCACGUAAUCACUGGCAGCGUACAAGGGCUCCUGUCUAUAAGAGAACUUCACAGUUUGAAUCUCAGCAUCACUCCAUUAGCCAUGCGAUUACCUAUCUACUGUGUUUCCGUAACCAAAGAAUGCAGCCACAUUCUUGUAGGCUUAGAAGAUGGCAAAUUGAUUGUAGUAGGUGUUGGCAAGCCAGCCGAGAUGCGUUCGGGUCAGCUUUCUCGAAAAUUGUGGGGAUCUAGCAAGCGACUCAGCCAGAUUUCAGCUGGAGAAACUGAAUAUAAUACUCAAGAUUUCAAAUGAUUGUUAUUCUCACCUCCUGUGAUGGAAAACCAAACUCCAGUUAUUGCUUUGUCACUUUAGCUGCUCUCUACUCGCUGGAAGUCUUUAAGGAUUUUAUCUUUUAAAAUGUUUAAAGAUUACAACGGUUUGAUAUUUGUGAAGAUGUAGGUUGAGUUCUAGAGGCUGAGGCAGGUGGAUCUUAAGUUCAAGGUCAGCCUGGGCUACAUAGCAAGACCUUGCCACAAAAAUUAAGUAAAUAAAUAAAGAAUAAAAAUAAAGUUGUAGGUUCCAUUAAGUCAAUUUUAAAAGUUUCAUCAGCAAUGAGUCUAGUUUUGUUAACCAGUACUAAAGUUGAAUUGAGAAAAUAUAUUUGAUUCAAUUUGGUAAUCCAUUCCUAAAUCAUUAAAUCCAAUUUUUAAAAAACAAACUUCUAAUAUUAUAUACUUAGAUUGAAUUCCCUUAAUCUAAGCAAAUUUUUUUUUUCUAAGCAAAAUUUAAGACAUUUCUGAUAAAGUAGCAUAGGUGAUGGAGAGUUGAGAGAUGUGGCUUCUCAUGAUUCUUCAGAUAAUCAUUUUUCUUUUUACUGACCAUUUCAUUAAAAGCAUAACCUUUUAGGCAUUUGUUGUACAAUUGAGUUUUCAAAAAUUGCAGGUCUAUAUAAUUGGAUUAAAUACAAAUAUUGAAAUAAACAUUGGUUUAUUUCCCUACCCCUACCUUUAAUAUAUUAGUAAUAAAAAUUUACUAAAUUGCGUUAUUAUCCUUAAGUAACAAAAGUUGAAUAGGAAAAAGAAAAACUAGAGAUAAUUUUGACAAAUGUACUUCAUUAACAGUAUAUUUAAACAAAAAUGCUAACUGUGGCUUUGGUCAGUUGGUCCUUUGAGUAACAUUUGCAGCACAAUUUACAUGUGUGAAAUUCAAAAUUUUGUGAAUUUGUCUUUAUUAAGCAAAAACUGUACUCUCUUUGUGGUUAAUCCUUUCUAUCCUGAUGAUCAUGAGUUUUCAGUGAUGUUCUAAGAGGUCGUGAAAGAUGGAGUAACACUGCAUAAUUCAGAGUAGCCAUUUAGAUAAAGUAAUAUCUUUUAUUGCAUGUUAUAUACAACUGUUUGGAUGAUAGCUAUUUUGUUACAGUUUGUUAAAUAUUACAUUAUGUCUAAUUUUUUAAGUAAACAUGUUGAUUGAUUUAAUUUGGAAUUCAAAGUAAUUGUUAUUUAUUUUUUGUAAAAUUGACUUUUGAGUUAUUAGGUUAGAGAAGUUUUACAACUACAAAUAUUGGCAAUCUGAGAUUCCACAGGCUUUGGGAAGAUUGGUGAAUCUCUGAAGUUGUACGGAAAUUAAAAGUCACUAGAUAACAACACCAGGAAGAUGCACUUUUACAGUGGGGUGUAGCUGUUAUCCAUAGAAACUUUCGUAAUGUAUAUUGGAAAAAAUUAUUAGAAUGGAUUGAUAGCUGGAUAUUUUAGUUAAUGAUUAUAAAAUCUCAUCUUGGCUGCUGUUGGUGUCAGUUCAUCUUUUCAGGACUUUUCAUGUGUUUUUGUUUCUUGAUAGUAAUAAUGAUGAAUAUUAAAAUCUCAGGUAAUAAGAGAUUUAUACUAAGAUAAUGUUCUUUCUUUUGGAAAGUGAGGUCAGAAGUUGUUUUGCUGUUGUUGGUGGUGGCAGUGUGUGCACAUUUAUACAAUUUGCUAUAUGUACUUAGAGAAUAAAAUGCUGUAAUAUAUAACUCCCCCCAGUCAGUAUUCUGUUAUUGUAAAAUUGAAGAAAAAGAACAAAUCAGAACAUGAAAGUCAGGGAACUGCAAAAAUAAAGAUUAGCAUUAACUUUCUAGCCAGUGUUGCCUGUGAAAGAAGUUUCUGUUAAUUUCUCUUAGUCACAGUACAUCCUUGUGUGUGAGGAGAAGUUUCUCUUUUUCCUUGUGGUACACAUGGCACUGUUCAACACUGGAGCACUGCAUACUACUAAAGAGUGAGUGUGCCCACAAAAUUAGAGUUUAGACUUGAGGAUUGACUCGUAGUUUUAGCUUCAUUAUAUUUCUUUUCAAAUAUACUAAGAAAGUGAAACUGAGUGCCAGUUUUUGCUUAGUGUUGAUAGAGGCAUGGCAUUUACCUGUAAAUAUAACAUUAUUUUUUACUAAAGAUAUCUCUAAGGAAAGCUUUAAUUGAAUUUUGAGCUGUCAAUUCUUUUAAAAUAUGUUUAUAAAGUAAAUAACAUCAUCUUUGCCUCCUUUUCAAUAAAAACAUGAGACUUUUACUGUAUUGGAUAUGAACAAGGUAUUAAAUGUAUAAUACCCUAUAUCUGGGAUGUGUGUCUGAAGGUGUUCUCACAUUGCUAAACCUAUUAUCUUAACCCUAUCUUUACACUUUUUGAGUGAUAUGUACAUUUUUCAUCUAGACCCAAACCCUGAUGUAAGUGUUCUGUCUCUAAAAAAAACUUCUUUACCCACUGGCAGCAAAUACUCUUUCUUAGUACUUUUUCCUAAUUUGUGUGCAUGUCAUGUACUUAGCGUUUUGUUUGUUUUAGAUGAUCCCAUAUAAAUAUUGUUCUGAAAAUUUUCCUCAAAGUGCCUUUUCUGAUGACAUUAGGCAACAAUACAAUGCUAUCAGGCACGUAAUUUAAAUACAGCAUUUUCUGUUCCACUGAUUAUUCCCAACACCAGGCAGUGUCUUUGUUUCAUAUGGACAGAACCACUCUAUUUCCUUUUCGUUAUUGAAAAGUUCAUUAGUUUUAUCAUGAGCUCUUAGACUUUCAUAUUUAAAAUCACAAUUUACAUUUACCUCCAAUAAUAUUGUCUGCUUGCUAUUAAUAUUUCCUAACUCAAUAUUUUCCACACCAAUAUUUCGACAAAAAGUGUAAAUUUUUUUUUCCAGUAUUCGGGAGUGAACUCGGCCUCACGCAUGUUAGGCAAGAAUAAAAAGCAUUAGUAAUCAGUGCUAAAAGAAAAACAGAAUCAGAUGUCUUAUAGCAUUGAAGUUAUAAUGAGUAGAGUUCUCCCACUAUGAAAGCAUUGAGUAAAUCCUCCUAAGUACUUUUGAUGAUGUUUGCAGAUAUGCUUCUGUAUGAAAUAUUCUUUAAUUUUUUCAUAGAUUUUAGAAGUUAGAACUAAUAGAGCAUAAACAUUUGAGAGAUUUAGGCUAGGGAUAUAUCUUAGUGAUGGAACACUUUCAUAUGAAGUCCUGGGUUUGGCAUGGUAUUUUUUACUCCAACACUGAGACAGUAUAGAGCCUCACACAGAGUUCUACCACUGAACUCAGCACCUCAGCUCACAGAGUGGUUCCUAGUUUGAGGGUGCAGAUCAGACCUACCUGUAGGAUUCAUCAGUAGGCUAUGCCUCAGUAAUACGUGGGACUUUCACAGGUUCAAUCAAUCCCAGCUCUCAAAAAUUAUAAAUAUAUGUAUGUACAUAUAAUGUAUAUAAAUGAAUUUGUGCCUAAAUUGCAGAUAUAUUUUUAUCUUGAAAAUCAUGUGACCAUUGUAGAAUAUAGGAUUUAUAUCUCUGCUUUUUGGUUAUAUGAAAAUUAUGUGGUUUAUUAUAAAAACCUUAUAUAAAAAUAGCCACAUUAUCAACCUGAGUUUUUUUGGCAGUAGUUAUUCAUUAGACACAUUGUUUAGACUAGCACCUUUACUGAAACAACACGGAAAUGGUUUUUAGACACAUUGCAAGAUUUGGACACAUGAAGAUAAUUCUUUUAGUGUCAAAAAGACACAAAUUCAGAGGCAUAUAUCUUUCCUUAGUGCACAGAGCAAGUUGAAAGUCACUGAUUUGAUAUUCUUUUGUCUAUGAAACAGUUUUCUUGUUAACCUUGAAAAUAUAUAUCUUGCAUAAAUUAACAUAAGAAUAGCCAAAUUUCAUCAUUUGAAAAAUUAGACAAAGUCUUACAUACACAUGGUUCCAAUUACUUGGGAGAAUGAGAUGGAAGGAUCACCUGAGCUGGGAAGUUCAAGAUCAGCCUGGACAGUGUAGUAAGCCUUCAUUUUAAAAGAAAGUAAAUAAUUUAAUUAAUGUUACAAAGGUGACGGUUAAAGAAGUGCUGCUGCUGUGUAUUUCCUUUUAUAGUGAGUUUUUUAGUAAUUUAUACUUAUUCAUAAUUAUAAUAGUUGCAGAGUGUUUCACUGCUUUAUAGUGCGUAUUGUAAAUGAGCAAUGUAACAUGAGACUGAGGACAGUUAGGUUUAAAUGAGACUGAGAAGUUUCACUGAUUAAAGUACUAACUAUUUUUAAGAGAAGUCUUACAGAGUGGUGGCACACACCUUUAAACCCAGCCCUCGGGAAGCAGAGGUGGCUGUUCUCUGUAAGUCUUUACUUUAUUUAAGAUUAUUUAAGUAAUAUAUUCUGUUGACAUAUUAAAAUUACAUGCUUUCUUGUAGAGUAGUCAAAUUGAGAAUUACGCUUUAAUGUUCCUUUUUUUUCUCUCUUUUCCUUUUUUUUUUUUUUUUUUGUUUGUUUUUUGUUUGGGGACAGAUUCUUACUGUUGUAGUCUUGGUGGGCCUGGAUGUAUCCUUGUCAACGAAAUUGGUCGCAAACUCAGAGAUCCAUCUACCUCUACCUCUCAAGUGCUGAGAUUUUCAAGAAUAUACGUAAUUAUUUUGCUCAACAGAAGUAAUUCUGUCAGGGAGAUAACAGUAGUUAAAUUUAAUUGAAAAUAAAUUUGUAUUAUAUUGGAAUUAAAGAAAAAAGAUUUUAGAAGUUUAAAUGUUUUGUUAGGUAAUCUCUAAUGACUUGCAUAUAGUUUUACACUCAUUCCAAGAUUAUGGUAUAUUACAGUAGCUCUAUAUUUUUUUCAAGACAGGUUUCUCUGUGUGGGUCUGGCUGUCCUGGAACUCACUUUGUAGACCAGCCUGGCCUUGAACUCACAGAGAUCCACCUGCCUCUGCCCCCAAGUACUGUAAGUAAAAGCAUGCGCUGCCACCAGCUCCUUAUAACGACUCUUGUUGCUGAAGACCUUUUACAUUUUGAACAUUUCUUUUUCCUAUUCUGCCUUUUACUUCUCAAAGACUGUGCUUCAUAGAUACUACCAAAAGCAUUUUAUAUGUAGUUCUGUUACUUAUAGUCAAAUUUACAUAAGAAAACUUUCUAGGAAGCCAUGUGACUUUCUACUAAAUUCUUUUACAGGAUAAACUUACCUUUCUCUAUCAGAUAGCUUUUGUACAGUUGGAGACAAAAAAAAAAUAGCAAAAAGUAAGCAGAUCUCUAGAUAGCCAUUCUCUAUCAAAUUCAUUGUUAAAUUAAGACAAAAUUAACAAACAUUUGAUUAAUUUGACAGUUUUUCACAUUAAUUAGAAGCAUUUCUGUUUUAACAGGAUGACAGUCUUUUGAAUACAUGAAUAUACACUAACUAGUUCAGAAGAUUUAGCUGAACAUCCAAAAUCACUUGUUUAAAAACAAGUUUUUAUACUUCUUACCUGAGUAUGGUAGUGCACCUCUAAUCCUGACAUAGGCUACAGCAGGAGGAUUGCUUCAAGUUUGUGAGCUACCCUGACUAUAGAAUGAAAUCUCCCUCCACUCCGUGUGUGUGUGUGUGUGUGUGUGUCUGUCUGUCUGUCUGUCUGACCACCACAACCACCUUAGAAAUUGUGCUGCUAGUUACCAUUUAAGGAGUCGUGUAUUUAUCUUAAAAUGUCCCUUUUCAUUUGUUCACUGGAACUGAUUAAAUGAACAAAAGGAAUAGUAAUAAGCCUCUUUUUAUGUUGAAUUAUUGACUUGCAAACUGUCACUCAUUGGGUACUUAUAUGCAAAAAGGGUGGUUCAAAGUUGAGCGACUUUUAGACUUUUUAAGGAUGUAAUAACUUUAAUUAGCAUUCUGAUAACCAGAUCACUGGUACGAUUCAUUUUGCUUUCAUCCUUCUGAAUCUAUAUACAAGAUGUAUUUUGUCAUAUCUUUUUAAGAACUUCAAUGAAUGUAUAUGAGUUAAUGUUUGAUUUGUUUCUGUAUAGUAUGAUCAAAAAUAGUUGAAAAUUUUGCACUUGGUUAAUCCCUUGGAAAUUUACAUUCUGAUAUUUUUUAAGGAUGUACAUUUAUUUUGUACAUAAUA